UCAACACGCACGGUUAAUUACCAAAACUUCCAAAUAUUUUUCAAAUAAUUUUCGACAGAUAACCACUAAAGCUGGAAGUAUUAAUAUGAUAAGUACUUAACAACACCAUCUGUGAUAUUAAUUUACCCUGCAAUAAGUGAGUAUGGUGGAGAAAGUGGUGGGGAAACGUAGAUGAUGUCGAUUUUUAAUUAAAAGCAAAGUGAAGAAAGUGCCACUCACAAAAAGGGUUAAGGGUCCAAGGAAGGGUCGAAGUAUUAUCUCAGUUCGGUUGUACCCUUCGUUAGCCAUGGAGGUUAUCAGAGAAAAUUUCGACUCUCUCUAUCACGAAAUCCGUGAUGCAAUUCAAAAUUGCUCAUUUAUGGCGAUUGACACCGAGCUAACUGGUCUUCGCGUGAACGAGGAGAGGGACAAUUAUUUUGACACGAUGGAAGAACGCUACCAAGUUAUCCGAGAAACGUCGAAUAAGUAUCUCAUCAUUCAGUUUGGACUUGUCACCUUCUUUUAUGAUGAAGUGAGCGACACGUUUACUCAUAAAGCGUACAAUUUCUACACAUAUCCCAGCCAGACUAAGAAUUUUAUGCCAACUGUGCGAUUCAUGUGUGAAAGUUCAUCGAUUGAAUUCUUGUCGUCAUUCGGGUUCGAUUUUAAUAAGCUAUUUCAUCACGGAAUUGCAUAUUUAUCUAGCUCGAUGGUGAAGAAAGUAAUUGAGGAACAUGAGGAACGCGAAGCAAAGUAUGAGAAUGAAAAGGCUUCCAUGACUGUCCCGGAAAACUUUAAGAAAUUUAUGGAGGAUUCAAAAGCCAUCAUCAAAAGGUUUCUUGCAAGUAACAAAAAGGAAUACGUAUUUGAUACCCUGUCCCCCUUCCAAAGAAGACUAAUGUUUGAAAAUUUUAAACCACAAUAUCCUAAUUUACUAUUUGAAACUGUUCAAAACGACGAAGAAGAGUCUGAUCCCUUCUCCGCUUCAGAAAGUGACGAUGACACAAAAACCCCUGGUCGUUCUUCCUCAAAGAAAAAGGACGUUUCAAGUCCUCUACCCUCAUCCGUGAAGACUGCGGAUGAGUCCGCAUUACCGAAAAGUAUGGCAGACUUGUCACUUCCUACACAAGUCAAGCAAAAGCAGUACAAGAAACCCUUGAGAAUAACUAAAGUUUCAGAGGAAGAACUCGAGUUUAGGAAAAACCAAAAGAAACAGAAAUUUGAAAAAGACAUUGAUAGUAUGAUUGGGUUUUCGAAAGUUAUCCAUGAAAUUGGGAAAUCCGGCAAAAUCGUCGUCGGUCACAAUAUGUUGCUGGAUGUUUCCCACGCCAUAAAUCAGUUCGUUGAUGACUUGCCAGAAACUUUGGCAGAAUUUAAAAAUUGUGUUCAAACUGCACUACCAAACCUUGUGGAUACCAAGCUGAUGGCGUGUCAACUUCCUUUCCGGGAAUUAUUCAAGUCGUCAGUGUUAAGUGAUGUAAUAAAGAGAUUGGAAACUGAACCAUUUACUUUUGAAGACUCCAAACUUCAUCCUGGAAUUGAAUCAAAAGGAUAUGAAUUUGGACAAUCCAAAUUUCAUGAAGCAGGAUAUGACGCAUACAUCACGGGACUCUGUUUUAUAAGUAUGUGCAAAUACUUGGGGACGUUACAAAGUCCAAAGAAAACUCGUGUCCUUCCAGAAAGCCCACUAGUAAUGCCGUACAUCAACAAACUUUACCUCAUGAGAAUGAUGGACGUUUGCUACAUGAACAUUUCGGGGAUUGAUUUGACACCAUCCCGAUCUCAUGUAUUCUACGUCCAAUGUCCUAAAAAUACUUCCAUAGACUUGAUCCGAUCUUGGUUCAGUCCGUUUGGUCAAAUUCAAUAUCACUGGCAAAGAGAUGAUAUAUUCGUAUCAUUGAUGGACAAAGACCAAGCACCUUUAGUGAUGAGGAAUUUGGAGCACCGUGAUGGAUAUUUUAUAACACCAUUUGAAGAAUAUACCAAAAUGAGAGAAGAAAAGUUGAAACUUUCCCAAGUAAAAAAUCAGCAAUCUUCAACAAAUUCUACUCAUAUUGACCCUUCGCCACCGUCGUCUGCUCCUGCGCAGACAAAAAGGCCCAAGACUGAAAGUACCGAAGUAAAGCGGAAACCCGCAACGAAGGCUACUCAAUUGUUCGAACAACCCGCAUGGGAUUAAGAUUAAAAAACAAACCAGUGAUUAUGAUGAUUAUUGUUAUGAUUGUCGCGUGAAUAUAUUUUAACCUGAAUAGUUCAGCUUUAAAUAUGAUGCUAAUUUUGUUACCAGUUGAACUUUCAACAAUAUAUAACUAUUUAAGCUAAGUUAGCUUUUAUGUACAACAGCUACUUUUACACUUUCUGAUUGUCCUAAAAGCCAUAAAAAUUCUGAUUAUGAACAUCAGUUAUUGCGCUGGGAAUAAAAGCCAACUUCUUUUAUUUCGGUUUUCAA